AUGGGUCGCAAGCCCAACCAGCUUAUCCUCGAGUUCUUCAUCCGAGGCCCCAAGCUCGAGGAUUCCAGCAACCGCUACCAGCACACCUGCAAGGCCUGCGGUGAGAAGUUCCCCAAGGGUCGUAUCGAUAGCCUAACCAAUCACCUGGUCAAGAAGUGCCAGGCCAUACCUCUUCGCGACCGCCAGCGUGUGCUCCUCCGCCUCCACGAACUCCCAGACCUGACCGAGGGCGACGCGAAUAAGGAUCCCAGUUCGACUGGGAAGGGUAAAGACGGAAACUUUGGCAACCGCCCCAAUUUCGACGGAUUGAACGUCCUGGCGGAAGCUUCUCGUCAGGUUGGCGCCUCGGAGCCAGCCAAGCGAGGCGCGCAGUACACCCAGUCUGUGACUGUUGGUGGAAAGACCGUGGUUGUUGAUCCGGCGCUGGAGGCUGACUUCCAGGGCUCGGGCUCUCAGCACGGUGACGAGAAGCAAGAGGAUGGUAACAAUGCCCAUGGAACUCCCCAAUCUAACCAUCCGGCCAUCCCAGCUCUCCCAAGCCAUACCUCUGGUGACCACAACUCCAUGUCUCCUCCGCUUGGUGACCACUCGAUGACUCCAGAUUCGGCCUCCAAUGCGCGCCAGUCCCAGUUGUCAAUGAUUGCAGCAUCUGCCAAUGAGAUGGUUCCGCAGGGACUCUCCAUGGAUGACAGUGGUGAAAUGAAAAUGAAUCAGUGGAACCAACCACUCACACACCAGGAACAGAUUCUUUUUGAGAGCCUGCAGGAGCAUGACCCUUCAUUGACUGCAGCGACACCCACACAGCGUGCCGCGUCCUUCCCCCGCCCAAUUGCCAUGAACCCCAAUACUCAGGCCAAGGGAUUUGUGAACGAGUUUGGCAACUCGACCAAGCCCACCAAGCCCAAGGUGCGGGGUCGUUUCUCUGCUGAACGUCGUCGCGAGGUCCAAGAAGUGCGCAAGCGCGGUGCAUGCAUUCGUUGCCGUAUGCUGAAAAAGCCUUGCUCUGGCGAUAACCCCUGUACCACCUGUGCCAGUGUCGAGAGUGCUCGUCUCUGGAAGCAUCCCUGCAUUCGUACUCGUCUGUCCGAGGAGUUCGAGCUGUACAAUGCCAACCUCCAUGCGACUCUCGCCUAUCACGAUACCAGUGCCAUCAAGAGUCAAGUCAAAUUCGAGCACUACGCUGGCCGUAUUGAGGUGACGCACGGAGAGGACAGCCAAGUUUUCGUCACGAUCAGUGGUCUCCAGGGCCAUCGCUCAACUGUCUCGACCCUAGAUCCGCAGCUUCAAGGUUUGGGUGAGGAUCAGUUUUCUGGACCUCCCCAGGAGAUCUAUCUGCUGGACAGCGAUGCCGAUGAUAUCCCAAGUAAGCUGGAGAUGUACAUUAAGAAGACUGCUCCAUUCUUCUUUGAGCGCGAGACCUCUCCUUUCGUUAAAUCUACUCUGAUGCUUGCUGCUGAGCUUGCCCAGUCGAAAAAGGACACGCUGCUUGAACGUGCCGUUGAUCUUUGGGUUGCCACUCACAUCCUGGUUGACACCGAGCUUACCUGGAAGACUUACUGCAACCCCACCCUUCCUCCUACUUCCAUGCACUCCCUCUCCCAGCCUCAGGACGAAGGCCGUCUGCCCAUCGAGGAACACUCUGACCCUGAAUCCUAUGCUCUGCUGUGCAGCCAGCUUCGUGCUGCGAUGGAGAAGCGAGCUAUGCAAUUGAGCAAGUCCGUGAUCAAUGACCUCGAGCGCCGUUUGCUCCAGCGCCAGAAGACUGGUUGGUUCGAGACUUUCCUUGUCUCAAUGGUCCUGCUCAACUGUGUUGAGCGGACCUGCUGGUUGUUCCGCUCAUGGGACAACGAGAACUUUUCCCAGCGCGUAAUGGCCUCUGGACAAGCGUCCCCUUACUACUACAAUCAGUCUGAGCGAUUUGCCGACAUCCUACACAUGCUUCUGAGAAUGCGCAGCCUUCCACCCAAGACCACCGUUCGCCCUGACAAUGGCACCCUCAAGGCUGUCGACGGCAGCGACGAGAACGCCGUGCGCUGGUUUGACAUGAUCCAAAUUUCCCCCUACUACCUCGAAGAACGUGCCAAUGCCAUGUUUGACGUCUCUGAUUCGCGCUCCCUCGACCUCCGCCACAGCGCCGCAUUGCUCCUGCCUGCACACUCCUAA